AAUGUUGAAAUGAACGAUGAAGUGAACGAUGAAGUGAAUGUUAGAACUGAAUUGAAAGCGAAUGUUGAAGUGAAUGUUAGAGUGAACGUUGAAGUAAAAGAAAUGUUAAGUGGAGUGAAC